CAGAUGGUUCCUGUGCUGGACAAUAUGACCCCAGCUCCUCUGACACAGAACUGUUCCAACUGCACCCAAGUUUUAGUCCCAGAGCUCAACGUGGUCAAAGCAGUGGUUUUGGGCCUGGUGCUUGGCGUAUUCAUUGUGUUUGGAAUUGUGGGAAACAUCCUGGUAAUCCUCUCAGUGGUUUGCCAUCGACACCUGCGGACAGUCACGCAUUAUUUUAUAGUUAAUCUUGCAGUGGCAGAUUUGCUGCUGAGCUCCACUGUACUGCCCUUCUCUGCCAUUUUUGAGAUUGUGGAUCGCUGGGUGUUUGGACGGGCCUUUUGCAAUGUUUGGGCAGCUGUUGAUGUGCUCUGCUGCACUGCCUCCAUCAUGAGCCUCUGCGUGAUCUCUGUUGACCGCUACAUUGGAGUCAGUUACCCUCUGCGCUACCCAACCAUAGUGACAAAACGCAGGGCGCUGCUGGCAGUGAUGCUGCUGUGGGUGUUGUCUAUCAUCAUAUCUAUUGGACCUUUGUUUGGGUGGAAAGAGCCGGCACCUGAGGACGAGUCCAUCUGCAAGAUCACAGAGGAGCCUGGCUACGCUAUCUUCUCUGCCGUGGGGUCUUUCUACCUUCCUCUGGCCAUCAUACUGGCCAUGUACUGUCGGGUUUAUGUAGUAGCUCACAGGGAGAGCCGGGGCCUGAGGGAGGGCCACAAGACAGAGAAGUCAGAUUCAGAACGGGUCAUACUCAGGAUACACAGAGGCAACACAACUGUAUCAGAGGACGAGGCUCUUCGCAACCGCACACAUUUCGCUCUGCGACUGCUCAAGUUCUCACGUGAGAAGAAGGCUGCCAAGACCCUGGGGAUUGUGGUUGGCUGCUUUGUGUUGUGCUGGUUGCCCUUUUUCCUGGCACUACCCAUCGGUGAGUAUUGUGUUCAUCUUAAAUGCUCCAUAUUUCCUGCAUACAGACCUUCGGACACUGUCUUCAAGAUCACCUUCUGGCUCGGUUACUUCAACAGCUGCAUCAACCCUAUAAUCUACCCGUGCUCCAACCAGGAGUUUAAGAAAGCUUUCCAGAGUUUACUUGGAGUUCACUGUCUGAGAAGGACUCCCAGACCACACCAUCAUCAUCUGAGUGCGGGUCAGAGUCAAGCACAGGGUCAAGGCCAGCCCCUCACGCUGGGCUUGGACAGCAGGGGGGCUCCCUGUCGGCUCAGCCCUUCCUCCUCUAUGGCCUUGUCCAGAACCCCUUCCUCCAGGGAUAGCAGGGAGUGGAAGGUCUUUCCCGCUGGCCCCACAGGCAGAUCUGGACCGACCGAGACAAGCAGGGAUAAAGUGGCCAAAAUCUGCAGUAAAAGCUUCCACCGGACCUGCUGCUGCAUCCCCAGGGGUGGGACUCCCCCGCAGGAGUCAAACUGCGCCCAGCCCCCUCCCGUUGGAAACCUUCCCACCAUUAAAAUCCACCAACUGUCCCUGUCGGAAAAAGGAGAUCCUGUAUAACCACUAUAAUCCUUCAUCCAUUAGUCAUGACUCCCCUUUCAAGGUCACUGAUGAGAAUAUAUUUCCCUUUGCUCUCUUGGAUGAGCUGUGAUGGAACGGUGGCUGCUUUGAAAUUUGAAAGUCUCAGCGUUGAUAUCGUUGUGUGAUUUUUCCUGGAUGUAAGAUCGUCAAAGACAUAUCUAUAUUUAUCUUAUGCUAUAUUUUACCCCUUCAAUAAGGUGGCUUUUCAGCUUUCGAAACACAAACUAGGCUACUGCAGAACACAGCUUGGGAGGGGUGAAAAUAAGGCAAAAGUGUAUCAAGUUUUGUAAAAGUGUACAAAGAAAGAGAUCCUCUGAGCACUUUCCUGAGGUGGAUGGAAAGGGAAAAAAACAAUACACAAUAAAGAGACCUAAAGAUUUGAAAAUGUUUACAUAUUUUAUAUUACAGAAGAGCAGUUCAAAUGUAUAACAAUGUAAGUGGGAACGUUUUACAUAUUGCAUGAUUUCACCAAAUAUUUCAAACAUGCUGGUCAGUGCUGGUGCUCCUGCUGUCUCCAAAGUUUGCCUAAUCCUGUUCCUGUUGUCAAAAUGUUGUUGGUGUACUGCUCCGUACACAUAAAGACCGAGGGACCUUGCAUACUCUCAUGUCACAUUACAAUAAAUUUGUAUGACGUAUUCCUAUGAAAGGAUGUAUGAGGGCAUUUUUGGACUCUUUCUUUUCCUGUGAGUCACUGAAUACAUAGCCCCUGAAAACGUCUAGUUCAUCUAUCCACAUUCCCACAAUUUUGUGUACCUCCGAGCGGUGCCAGAUGGAUGUCUUAAUAUACUUCUGUGGAAUUUUAACUGACCUUGU